UUGGAGCUGCCAUAUACCUCAUCUACCAGCCCGACCAUAGUCUUGCAGAGCCCAAAACUUUUUUUGUAGCUAUAUAUUUUAGCCAACAAGCGCGUAGCCCAGCCCGACGAAACGCCUAGGCGUCCAAUCCAAAUUCCAUAUUUUGCCCAGCCGUCUUCAACUCCAUUUCUCUAACGUCGCUUCUCUUCCUCCUCCUCAUUGUUUCUCUUCAAACCCACCUCAACACCCCACCUCACCUCCAUUUUUGUUCUUCAAUCGGCUCCUCUCCUCCUCAGCAGGUGGUGUGUUGGCAGAUGUAUUUGGAACCUCACUCACCUCACAGUCCCAGUUCAGCAGUUCCCAGCCAAUCUUGGAGGCUUGUUUUGCUUAUUUGCUCCCAAUCCCCAAAGGGCCAACCAAAACCUAUUUAUUUUUCAUCUAAAGCUUCAUUUCAUACAAGCUGCAGUAACCCAGAUAUUCACGGGCUCUCAGUGGUGGGCAGAUGAAAGAAAAAUCAAACUUUGAUGGAAAAAGUAUGGAGAUUUAGGUUGUGUUUUCUACACAAAGGGCCAAACCAAAUCAUCAGAGCACUGCGCAUGUUGCCAAUCUGCCACUUUUCAUCUCCAAAGGUAUGCCCAACUAACAAAACCAAGAAAAUUUUCCGGGAAAAUCUUGACCCAGAAAGAAGUAAAUGCACUCUCACUCAUCAGAAUGUGCAUUCCACUUUAUUGAACUGCCCUUCGGAUUUGAUUGCCUUGAGAUUCUUUUUGUGGUGUGCUCAACAACCUAAUUUUUUUCACAAUAGGAUUGUGUUUGACCACAUGGUUGGUGUGAUCAAGCGCGUGAUGGAACGGUACAAAACAGUUAAAUCGGUUGUUAGGGAAUUAGCGAGUAUAGGGUGUGUUAUAAAAUCUCAGACAUUUUUGCUCUUGCUGAGGAUUUAUUGGCGUGGCAGAAUGUAUGAGAUGGUCUUUGAGGCAAUUGAGCAAAUGGGUGCUUAUGGUUUUACUCCAAACACGUUUGUGCGUAAUGUAAUCAUUGAUGUAUCGUUCAAAAUUGGGCGUGGUGAUUUAGCUAUUAAGUCUCUGAAAGAGACCCAAGUGCCAAAUUUUGUGACUUUUAAUAUUAUGCUGUGUAAUUUAUGCAAGUUCAAUGAUUUGUUCCAUAUUGGAGAUGUAUUGAGAAUGAUGUUGCGGUGGGGGUAUCACCCAAAAGUUGAGACAUUUGAGAUGCUUUUGAACUGUUUUUGCAAAAUGGGUAAUAUAGUGGAGGCGCAUCAAGUUUUGGGUCUAAUGAUUACUUUGGGCGUCUCUAUGUCUGUAAAUGUUUGGAGUAUGUUAAUCCAUGGGUUUUGUCGAUUGCAGAGACUUGAUGUUGCUGGUAAAUUAUUGGACAAGAUGGUUGAGACUGGUUCUUCUCCUAAUAUUGUAACGUACACGACUUUAAUCAGAGGAUUUUUAAAGUCUCACAUGGUUCACGAUGCAUUCAACGUUUUAAGUAUUAUGGAAUCUAAAGGAGAUGCCCCUGAUCUGGUUCUUUGUAAUGUGUUAAUAGACUCCCUCACCAAGGUUGGGAGGUACAAUGAUGCUAUUGAUGUUUUUGUUGGCAUGCGAUCACGAAAAUUGUCUCCCGAUUCGUAUACGUUCUGUUCAUUGUUAUCCGCCAUAUGUUCUUCCAGGAGGUUUUCUCUGUUCCCCAAGUUGGUUUGCGGACUUGAAAUAGAAGCUGACUUAUUAGUAUGCAACUCACUUCUCAGUUAUUUCUGUAAAUCGGGGUUUCCGGCUCUGGCUGUGAAGUUUUAUAAGGUUAUGCUCGAUAGAGGUUUUACAGCAGACAAGUAUACUUUUGUUGGAUUAUUAAGUGGACUAUGUAAAGCUAGAAGAGUUGACCAAGCAGUUGAUGUGUACCAUGGGAUUGUCAUGAAUUACCCUGGUCAGGAUGCUCAUAUUCAUACUGUUCUUAUAGAUGGGCUUAUAAAGGUUCGUAAAUUUGAUAGAGCCAUUAGCAUAUUUAAGAAAGUAGUUGCAGAGAGGUAUGCACUUGAUGUUGUAGCUUAUGCAGUUACCAUUCGUGGACUUUUCAUGGGUGGUAGAACUGAAGAGGCUUGUUCACUUUAUCGCCAAAUGAAGGAGGUUGGUUUGACUCCUAAUGAAUAUACUUACAAUGUAAUGGUCUCUGGAUUUGUUAAAGAAAGAGAUCUUAAUAUGGUUAAUUUAAUGCUACAAGAGAUGAUUGAAGCGAAAGUACAACUGAGCUACAAUACUGUCCUGAGAUUAUCAAAAUUUCUUUGUAGAUCAUAUCAUUUGAUUUCAGUUAUUGACCUAUGGAUUGAGAUGAGAAAUUUGGGUUUGAUAUCUGGUGAGGUAAUGCAUGAAUUAUUUCCCGAUGAAGUUGUUGAAGGUGUGAAAGGAGAUGAUGGUCACAUUACAUUUUCAGAUGCUUAUUCAGAAACUGAUCUACAUGUGGAGACAUCUGGUUCUGAAGACUUCUGUGAUGUGGCUGCUUCGAUAGGUUGAGACUUAUAUGGUUAAGAUAUGCCUCUUGAAUGUCUUUUCUUGGAAAUUCACGAUUUUGAAUGCUAUUUCGUCUAGAAUUCUAAAGCUAGCACUUUAUAGUUUGGUGGUGGAGCAUCAAGUAUAUGAUAUGGCAGGCAAAGGCAAGAAUUUUUUCAAAGCAAAUGUCGAAUGCUUGAUUUGGAGAAAAGCUCCACAUGAGAUAGUCCUCCCUACACUACGACCACGUAUAUGGGAAAACAACAAAGACAAGCCUUUGUAAAAACCACAGAAUGGUGAGUGUUUUAAUUUUAUCUUGUCAAUAAUAGAUUGUGCAGAUGCAUAUGUACCGGAGUAAUUGUCUCCCUGCUUUUUGCUAAACAUGGGGAGUGAGAGUUGAGCUGUGCUUUGUCCUCUUUGUUGAUUUUGUGCAAUGAGGCCAUGGUAGCUUGCAUCUCUAGUGGAGCGUAAAUCUAGUCUAUAUACUUUAGCAGGCUAAUAAAAUCAAGGGAAGGCUAAUAAGUCGUUUCACCAAAAAGAAAAAGAUAAGUCGUUGCUGACCAUGCAGAUGCAGAUGAGGUUUAUGUCAAACAAGUUCCAUUCCAAGGGGAUGUAGAAGUGAAUCUAGAGUUGAGCAUAGAAGGGAAAGUAAUCCAAGUUCCACGUUCCAAUUAAUCUCGAUCGGAUGAUAUUGAGAGCCAAGCCUUGGAAUCUCUGAUGCUGUUCUGGGUGUAUGGUGCUGGCAUAUAUCGUUGUCUCUUGCCCCUACUAAGCAAGCCUCUUGGACACCAUUUUUUGGGUCUGAAAAAUCCACCUCUUAUUUUGAAAACGAGUUUGUGUACCUUGGAACUCGGAGGCACUUAAGCCCUGUUUGGUUUAUGGGAAAGGAGACUUGGGGAUGGGAAAUCAAUUACUUUCUCAUGUUUGGUAAGUCCAGGCAUGAGAAAUCGUUACCUGGCUCAUGGGAAAGUAUGGGGGAAAGUGAAGUCAUCCUUCCAACUUGGGUUUUGUUUUCUCUCCUCAUGGGAAAGUUUAGGGAAAUGAACUAAUAUUAAAUACACAUUUUCCAUGACUAUUUUGUCCCCAUUAACAAUUUAGAAUUACAAUAUAUCAUUAAAAACA